CAAAUAGCGUUCUCGUACUCCACAAGCCCAGUGCCUUUGCAUAGAUGGACCAGAGUUGAAGGAGGUAGCAGCAGUGCCUGAAAAUACACUUCACAUUUUCCCUCAUGUACAUUCUUCUCAUCGCCUUCAGGCUUCUUCAGCAAACUAACAGCUGCAGAGGAACUGAUUUGAGAGCGCAGUGCUUUUACGUUUAAGGUGCUUGAGAGACAUCUCCUGAUCUGCUGUUUCCCUGAGCACCAGUGGGUACCCAAAGAGAUCUGCAGCCAGGGCUCGGACUCAAUACAAAUUGGGCGAUGGAUGUGCUUUGAAAGUGUAACAGUGUGUUGAUGGGAGGUUGAGCACAGGGAUGUGAGCGGACCGGUAAAGAUGACCCUGCUGGCGGGUGACGGCUCUGACUAUGACUACAGUGCCCUGAGCUGUGCCUCUGAUAACUCCCUCAACCCUCCCCUCCCACAAGAGAAGGAGGCUCACAAGGGAGCCUUCUAUAAAAGGGCGCAGCCUGCCCCUGAGCUCAGCACCAUCCACGAUAACACACUCCUGUCCAGUGCCCGUAAACUCCAUGCCAUUAUCAACGUGGGUGGCCUGCGUUACCAGCUGCCUUGGACCACCCUAGAGGACUUCCCCUUGUCACGUCUGGGCCAGCUGCACCUCUGCAGCAGCUUCGAUGAGAUUAUGCGCAUCUGUGAUGACUAUGAUGUCACACACAACGAGUUCUUCUUUGACCGCAGCCCCUGUGCCUUCCGUAACAUCCUGACCUUUCUGCGGGCGGGCAAACUGCGGUCCCUCAGGGAGAUGUGCGCCCUCUCCUUCAGAGAGGAGCUGCUGUACUGGGGGGUUCCAGAGGAGAGCCUGGAGUGGUGCUGUCGCAGGCGUCUGCUGCAGCGCAUGGAGGAGUUUGAAGCCAUGGAGAGAGCAGAGGAGGAGGAAGAACUCCUGGAGGAUCUGCUGGAUUCAGACAGUGGCCACAGGGGACGCGCGGCUGAAUCUAGACUCAGUCGGUGCAUGGCUAAGCUGAGGGACAUGGUGGAGAGGCCUCACUCUGGCCUCCCAGGGAAGAUCUUUGCCUGUUUGUCCGUGCUGUUUGUCACCAUCACUGCCAUCAACUUAUCCAUCAGCACCAUGCCGGCCAUGAGGGAGGAGGAGGAGUUGGGGACCUGUUCCCAGAUGUGCUAUAAUAUCUUCAUCGUGGAGACUGUGUGUGUAGCCUGGUUCUCCCUGGAGUUCACCCUGCGCUUCAUCCAAGAUCGCAGCAAGCUGACCUUCCUCAGACAGCCCCUGAACCUGAUUGAUGUGGUAGCAAUCCUGCCGUACUACAUUACACUAGUGGUGGACAGCACUUCCAAAGGAGAGAAGAGGCUGGGCUCAGGCAACACAUACUUGGACAAAGUGGGCUUGGUGCUGCGUGUGCUGAGGGCCCUGCGUAUCCUCUACGUGAUGCGGUUAGCUCGCCAUUCCCUGGGCCUGCAAACUCUAGGCCUGACAGCACGCCGCUGCACACGGGAGUUUGGACUGCUACUCCUUUUCCUGUGUGUGGCGAUCGCACUAUACUCCCCCCUGCUGUACUUGAUUGAGAAUGAAAUGGCCACCACACAGGAAUUCACAAGCAUCCCUGCUACCUACUGGUGGGCUGUCAUCACCAUGACAACAGUGGGCUAUGGGGAUAUGGUGCCAAGAAGCAUCCCGGGUCAGGUAGUGGCUCUGAGCAGCAUCCUAAGUGGCAUCCUCCUCAUGGCCUUUCCCGUCACCUCCAUCUUCCACACAUUCUCGCGUUCCUACGUGGAGCUGAAGCAGGAGCAGCAGAGGCUCCUGCAGAGGAGGACACACUUUCUACUGCGGAGCCGCAUGGCCGGGCUAGGCAGCAACCUGUCCUUAGAGAGCGACAUGCUCUUUCCUAUUGGGUCGUCUGACAUGAGAGAAAUGGAUGACUGAGACUGCAGGACAACUGAGGACAUGAGAGAGUGGGUCUAGAAUAGAAACCAAGGAUGAAGGAGGUAACGCAUGGGAUUGAAUGUGUAACUAAGACAGGAAGAGAGGCUGACAUUCGAUGGAUUGGCUGGUUGAAAGGGGCGUCAAAAAGUGAGACACAGAAGAGACAGAGAUUAUUUUUUCUUCCCAAAAAAUGCAGCUUGAUUUGUAGCAGUGUACACUUAAAGAAAAUGAUGAAGAGAUGAGAGAGAAAUAAGAACAGCAAAAAAGGAUCUCUUUAUUAAGCGCAUAUAAGAGCAAACAUAAGUCCAGCUGACAAAAAAGAUAAAAUACGCAUAAACCUCGAGCUUACCGGUGACCUGUAGUGUUAAAACAGUCAUAUUCUAAAACGUGUUUAUGAACAGAAGACAUGCCUGAAGAGCACAGUCACAGCUUCACAUCAUUCAACAACAUUGUGAUGUUUUUUUUAAUCUCUGGUUUCAGUGGAUUUGGUGAUGUUGUGUGCUCUCGGGACAGUGCCAGUUAACUGAAGAUGCUGUUUGCUUUUGUUAAGUCCCAAAGAUAUAAAUUCCUUCCCAACUACAAUGUGACCCUUGAUCAACUCAUUAUUUUCUAACUGCUUUGAAAACAUUGAAACUUAUGUUGGGGUUCCUUAAUAAUACUGUGGCACAGCCAGCAUCUACACAUUACUUAUGAUGUCCUAACUGUCCUUCUUCUACACUUUGGGGUUCAUAUGCAAUUUUUGAACACGUUCUGGAAACAGCAUUAUUGUGCUUGUAAUUACUGCAUUUGCUGUGCAUAGCUGUUUAUAAACUAUA